AUAAAACUGCGAGCUACAUAAUAUCUUAAUACUGUACUCGGUCACAGACCAACCACAACCAACCCGCGUGAACACAGGCAAGCGCACCGAGGUCAAUAUGUUGGCUGUUCGAACUAAGGGCUGGGCCCCCGCGGUGCGCUCGGAACAGCACUCGUCCGCGUCCAUUCGAACACGGCCACGCUACCGCGCGUCUGCCAGAAGGGCCCCUGCAGCCCACACGCCCGGUGCACCAGCACCAGCGAGUUCACGGGGGGCGGUCGUGGCGCGGUCGGCCUCUGUGUCAGUGGAGCUGCUGGGCAGGGAGCUGACCGAGGCGGAGGCGCAGCAAUGGCAGGAGAGUGUGGAGGCUCUGGACGGCGUGCUGGGGUUUGGGGCGGACGAGUGCAGCAGGCUGCUGGCGCGGGCCUUCGGCUGGACAACACAGGCGUUCUGGCGCAGAGAAAAGGUGGAGGAGCUGCCCUCCCCCGACCAGGUGUGCGAGGCGCUCGCGUUCCUGGCCGCGGACCUGGGCAUGAGCACCGAGGAGCAGGUGAAGACUGUGAAGGCGUUCCCGGAGCUGCUGGCAUGUGACGCUGAGACCAGGCUGCGUGCCAACACAGCGCAGCUCCAGAAGCAAUGGCGGAUGCAGGGGGCUACGCUCACCAAGGCGGUCCUACGGCAGCCGCAGGUGCUGGGCUACAGUGUUGACUGCAGCGGGGACUGCAUCGGCGAAUGCAACCGGUGCUGGGUGCGGUUUUAAGGCGCUGCAAACAAGAGGCGGUUGCGGCGCAGCACGUGUGCAGCCGUUGGGUGCGGUGCUGUCGGGGUUGGAAAAUUGCAGGGGAGGAAGGGUCCGUCGGUGCUUUGCUCUGGGAGCUGCAAGCAGUGCCUGUACAGUCUGACCGCAGCUGAGUCUGCGAGAUGAGGCUGUUACAGUAGUACUCCCAAGACUAUGCCGCUCAAAUAUUGGCACGUUAUGGUGUGGGCUCGGUCCAUGUUUCCUUGGAGAGGCAGCCACCUCCCCUUAGUCAAGGUGGUGCCCGCUGCGGGCGAGGUGGGUUCCGACGCUGGUAUGCGUCCUUUCUCCUUUGGUCCUUCCUGGCUUUCGAUGCCAGGGUACGCGCGUGGUCGCACCCGGGUACUACCUGUACUAUCUAGGCGAAGACACACGCAUUGUCGGUUCGCAUGUGAUCGCGGCGGUCGCGGGAUGCCCCCUGUCGGUUGGGCCGUGGCAGUCCGCUGGCUAGGCUAGGAGGAGGUUUGCGCGCUGAAGCGGGAGCUAGAGUCGUGAGUAUGGGGACGAGGGGCCCGAGGAGGUGAACUGGCUGUAUGAUGGGCCCAGGGGGCUGUCAUACUGGCGAAACCAACCUCGCAUG